AUGUUGAAGGAGACCGACCCCAAACCGGCACCGUCGUGUGUGCUGCGCAAAGGACUACACACGGCAUGGACGCAAUGCCUGUCCGCGGAGGAAGGAAAUGGCCAGAAUAGAACAGGCUCGACAGAAUCGACCUGUCUUCUACCACGAAACAGACGAUUCCGGGAGGUCGAUAGUGGCGCCAGUAUGAGAACUCAGGAGCAUGCCACGACGCGUUCAACAAGCCCGAUUGGAACACAAGACAACACCAGCAUGCCAGGGAGCUCACAGACGAGCAUUGCCUCCAGCCAACCGCGCCCAUACGAUCUGAGGAAAGCCAUCCAGCCAUCCACGCGGUUAGCUGGACAGGAGUGGCAGACGGCGCAUAAGAGACGACGCACUGUCGCGCGACGUAUUCUCGCCGAAAGUCCCGCGAAUACCAGAAGAGUGGAGGUGACGACGCAACCAGAUAACCCAACUCCAGGGGAAAACACGCAGCCGAUCUCAAACUUCUUUGAAGCACGCCUCCCAGUCAAUAAUGAAAAGGCAAACCACAUUAUCAAUACUACAGCACAAUGUCAUGAAGUCACUCGACAAGGUGAUGGCGACCCCGUGUAG